UUGUCGUGCGUCGACAGCAAGGAUAACGGCACCAUAUUUGCGACACUUGCCGGCAACGAGUACGUUGUCCUCUGCAGCGUCGACUACUUUGGCGGCGACAUGGGCAUGGUGUACACGGAUACGUUCGAGAAGUGCAUGGAUGUCUGCGAUGCCAACGAUGGCUGCAUCGAUGUCGCCUACUCCGGCACGGCCUGCUACAUGAAGAAUACUCUGACGAGCCAGUCCCCGGCCGCGUGGGUGUGGAAUGCGCUCUACGUGGGCAAGGCUGACCCGGCAUCGUCGACAUCGUCUGCGCCAAUUGCGACGUCUGAGCCGACGGCGACUUCUACCCAGGAGACAGCAACCACCACUUCCACUCCUGAGUCGUCGACGGUGGCCUCCGACACGCCCUGCUCGACUGAGCCGGCAGGCAAAUUCCUUCCCUCUCAAGACAUCGACAUCGACAGGUCCUCUCCUGAUCGUUUCACACCUGCGCUGCAGGUUGAGCUGAACUACGCUGAGCAGCCUGGCACCCGGAUCCUGCAGAUGGAGCUGGUGCUCACAACCCCAGCCGUCGUGCUUGAAAACAUUGCUCCGGUCAAUUCAGUCACCUGCACCGAGUCCAGUGUUUUAGUGAUCUUCUCAGAUUUCAACACUCUUUAUCGCGCCUCUAUCGCGUGGGACGGCAACCCUCCGCUCCUGAUUACCUACUUCGAGGGAUGCAACCUGGAAACGGCGAGGGGGUUCUGGGCGCCCACCGGAUACACAAUCUCGAGCAACCCACCGUCCAUCUACUUCGCCGCAAACCAGAAGAACCUGAUUGAUAUUGCCACCGAAGCCACGCUCAAGUAUGGCAGCAUCGAUUCGGGUGUCGAGUCCUACACGUCGACGACCACUGGAGGCCCCGCCGAGCCGACCACCGCGGCGGACCAGACAUGCGCCGCCUCGUCGACUGCCGACACAUCGGCAACAAUCACCGCUUCUGAGACGUCCCCAGCUUCAACCGAAACUCCUGGGGCAUCCUCAACUUCGUCCGAAUCAUCGCAGACCUCGGCAACACCUACCCCGUCCGAUCGCCCCCUUCCCGAGACCCUGGAAGACCUCACCCCGGCUGCACGGGAGCUGUACGACUUUAUUCUGGCCAAUCUCCCCGUGGAUGCUGAGGGCAACCUGAACUACAACGUGCCGCCUCAGAAGGUCACCGAGCUUGAGGUGGCGCUGUACAACCCUGACGAUGUUGGAAAGCAGCAGGAGCUCGAGGACAUGUUCCAGGAGGCAGGUCUGGAUAGCCCCGCGGAUCUCGUGGCGAAAGCUUCGGCCGGUGUCGGCGGCGUGUGCGAGGCCCCAAGCGCCACGGUUCAGCGUCGGCUGCUUCAGCCGUCUCGCCGCAUCCAGCGCGAGAUCAGGGCAAGGUCGCAGGCUCGGAACUAUGCCGACAGGGUUCACGCAAAGCUCAAGGCCCGUGACGACGGCUGGGAUAUUGCCUGUGACGACCUCGUGACCGGCCUUCUUGGUAUCGUCAAACUUGGCGAGGCUAUGGAGGCGGUGUGCGCUGGAAAGUCGCUCUACGACAACCGUGAUGCCUUCAAGUGUCUCCUUGGCGGCUGCAAGACGACGACGAUCAUCACGAAGCAAACGACGUACGACUUCAACUACGCGUGGAAGAUUGAUUUCCCCUCCAUCCAAGGCUGGCUCACCAAAACCGGGUUGAACAAGGUCAUGUCUUGCGUCAACUGCGGCUUCUCCGUUUCCAACAUCGCCUUCUCAGGCAAGAUCGUCGUCAGCAUCACCGAGGGCGUCAUCACCAUCAAGUCGGCCGAUGUCACGCCGGGCAUCAGCGGCAAGGCGAACAUGAUUGUCCGGCUGCAGUCGGAUGGCGCGUACAGCGGUGACUGGAGUUACAACUUCAACUCGGUUGAGCUCGGCGCCAUCCAAAUGGACAGUGCCUUCAAGAUUUCUCCUACCGUUCUGUACGGCAUCGGCGUCGACUUCUCCACCGACUCGAAGGUGGAUGUGACCGGUGGCGCCACCUUUUCCUGGAACGACGCUGCGGCGCCGAUCAACAUCAUGAGCCGUUCGCUCAUGAGCCAGCGGAACUGGCAGCCCUCGGUGUCCUUGACCACCCCGUCGUUCCAGACGGGAGCGACGGUCAGCAUCAAGCCGUACAUGCGAUGGCUUGUCAAGCUCAGCGUCGACAUACACGGCAUGAUCAAAAUCUCGCCUUCGAUCACCUCGCAGACGGUCGUCGGUAUCGACUCGACGUAUUCCUACACGGCUGCCAACGGAUGCCCUGCCAACUCGCUGAAGGUGAACACCUACCUCAACACCGCCAACGCCGUGUCCUUUGGAGAUGGUACGGGCGCGGCAUUGUACAGCGGUCAAGCCGGCAGCUCGAAUCGAUGCUUUACCGUUCCCGGUUUGCUGCCCUCUACCGAGGAAAUCCAGUCUCUCAAGGCCGUCGGCGGAGCCUACUGCACAUCAUACAUCAAAUACGUGCCUCCGGUGACCGUCGUCUACUCCACCGCAACCUCGACCGUCCCCAGCACGACUACCUCGAUCUCCACACAGACAAUCACGUCCACCACGACCAUUUACGAGGUGCCGACGACCAGCAUCGACAUUUACUCGACAACCACCGCCUCGGCUGUCACCACAACCGUGACGGCCGCGGGCAAGACGCCCAACUUUGCCUACCUGAACUGGAAGCGUGACUUCGCCGAGCCGACUGCGACUCCGACCGCCGGCGGCCUGGACAAGCGACAGGCCGUUGCGCAGCCGAGCAUGCUCGCCGGGUGGGACGCCACCAAGAUCUCGUUCGCCUGCAAGCAGGUCGCCACCGGCACCUCGACCAUGUCUUACACCAGCACGACCACAGUGACUUCGGGCGUCGUGACGGCCACCGCGGUCCUCACCGUGAACGCGAACGGGCCUCUCGUCACGGAGACGUACACGCAGACGUCGGCCCGCUUCCUCGGAGCCACGACGGUGACGGUCGAGGGCACGGCGACCAAGACGGUGUGCCCGACCCCCCAGGCGACGUCGUGCUUCAAACUCCAGGUGCACGGCGCGCCCUGGGUGGAGGGCAAGUACAUGCGGUACUCACAGUGGGGCGGGUUCCAUCCGGACCACGCCGACUAUGAGUACGACACCUUCUACCUGUCGUCCAACGGGCGGCUGAUGGGGUACACGGCCGAGGGGACGACCUUCUUCCUGGGCAAGAGCUGGACUUAUGCUACGGAGGGGUAUUAUGGCGAGGUGUAUUUCAUCGACGUGACCCAGCCUUACGGCGCCCAGGUCGCGACCUGUUGGAAGGACGCCGACCCGUGCUCCAAGGGCUUCCAGUGCAAGGUUACUGACCCCAGCGAAGCCGUUGGCAUGUCCCUGCAGGAGCCCGUCUACGAAUACUACCACGAGUGGAGCUGGGACUUCUCGGGCUGGAGCUCCAACAGCUUCAGGCCCGCCUGGGGCCUGGUCACCGACGGUCUGCCGUAUUAUACGUGGGUCCCCAUUACCUUCACGUAUGAGGACGUGCCCUGCCCGUGCUAUUGAGUCCCGGAUGGCGGGGAGGCCGGGGAAGCCGGCUUGAGGCUGGGUUCUGUGGUGGUAAAGUUUCCUGUACAUAAUAAUAUUUUUUUCUUCUCUUUGGAUAUAUUUCAAAGUCUCCUUUUGCAGAUGCCU